GCUCUAUGAAAAUAAAAGACGUAUGAUGUGCGUCAAAUUUAGAAAUGUCAACGAGAGUGUUAUGGUUGUCAGUAUAUGGGUUUGAUAGUUUUGUAUGUAUAUUCGGGCAGACCUGUGAAGUCAUAAGGUGUGUUUGUUUGUAAUGUGACACUGUGACGUAUGUGUUUUUUAAUCCGCGACAUUCGAUAGAUUUGUAAUUGCGUCGCCCACGAAGUCUGCUGGAUGGACUAAAUAGAAUAUUGUGUUUCCACGUCGAUAACACGAGGAAAGCCUCAACAAGUAUUUUGCGGAGUGUAUGGAAAUAAUAAUGGCUAGUGCUCAGAUAACUAACUCCUUUCAGUUCACAGCGGAGAAAGCCAGAGUUGCACUGUCGAAUGUCUUGGAAGCACUAGAUUCUCCUGAAAAUUCCGUUAAACUUGGAGAAGCGAAAGAUAAUGCCGGAAACGAUAUGUUAAAAAUGAUGCAGUAUGUCUUCCCCAUUGUAUUGCAAAUACAGAUGGAUGUAAUAAAAAAUUAUGGAUUUCAGGAAGGUAGAGAAGGUAUUGUGCAGUUUGUGCAGUUAAUACGAACAUUGGAGAAAGAGGAUCCAGAAGUUGCUCAUCUGCAUGCACAGAUUAGAGCCCAUUACUUGCCUCCAGUGUCCAUCAGCACUGAAUCAUCUUGAGAAUAUCUCUUGGAUUGUGAGGCAACUUUGCCAAAAAGGACAUAUUUGCAGUUUACACAUUCCACUGAGUAUUUGCUUUCCCUAAGUUUUGUGGAGAGUUUAGAACAAUACAAAGCAUUUUAUAACUUGUUUACAGCACAGACUACCAUGUGUUGAGUGCAGUUGUGCAACAAUGUGAGAUACAUUGUUUCCCUUUAUUGAGCAGAUUAUUUAUUACUGACAUGCCAAGUUCAUUUACAACUUUGGUAAUGUUGUUCUUGAAUAUUAAUGGUUUCUAAUAAAAAUAUAAAAUCCUUAA